AUGGAUGAACUAACUAAAUCACUUACAACACGAGAGCUACAGGCAUUCUUGAAACAGAAAAAUUUAUCAUACUACUACCGCCUAAAAACUGACCUGGUAGAUAGGAUAAGGGGAACAUUCGAUAACAUAACCGAAAGUGAGAUAAGGGAAGUGAUAGGGAAGGGUAAAGAUUUCGACUUAGAAAAAGACGAAGAAAAAAUACCAGAAACAGAUCGAGAGGAAGAAGAAGAAAACGAGGAAGAAGAUAUCGAAGACAGGAUGCCUAACGAAAGUACCAAUAAUUUUGUGUUUAGAGAUGUUGAGGACUCCCUGGAACAUUUCUCAGGAGAAGCCGGGAAAAAUCUAACGGUAUGGUUAAAAGAUUUCGAGGAUAUUGCCACCGUAUGUCAGUGGAACGAUAUCCAAAAGUUCUUGUACACAAAGCGGCUGUUGAGAGGGGCAGCCAGGCUCGCCGUCGAGGCCAGGACGGGCCUAUCGAGUUAUGCAGCUCUGAAGAAUGUACUUGAAACAGAGUUUCAAAAAACGAAAACCACCAUCGAGGUGCACAGGGCGCUCGAAGCGCGGAAAAAGAAGACUACAGAGAGUCUGUUAGAGUAUCUUUACUCCAUGCAACAGCUGGCAAAUGAAGGGAAAAUUGAUGAAGAAUCACUAGUAGAAUAUAUUCGAAAUGGGAUCCCAGAUUCCAUACACAACAAGAUGAUCUUAUACGAAGCUACCUCCCUAGAAGAUCUGAAAAAGAAGAUGGAGUCCUACAGACAAAUGAAAAAAUUCAUGCCAACGCAGCAGGGGUUCAACAAGAACGGCAGUAACACCAGUAAACCAUCAACGACGAUAGUGAAGGGGGGGCAAACUGGUCAGUCACUACAAGCAAAACGGUGCCACAACUGCGGGUCAAAGUCACAUCUAGGUGCGAGUUGUCCUGAUAAGGGGAAGGGAACACGGUGUUUCAAAUGUAACCAAUUUGGGCACAUAUCACCGGAUUGCCCGGUGAAGAAUGAAACACCUUCAACUUCAAGAGGGAUUAGCCAUGUGCAUCGCAUUGAAUCAGACGAGCGUCACAUUCCAAUAAGCGUGGAGACAUAUUAUGCUUUCGUGGACAACGGAAGCGACGUCUCGAUAAUCACCAAGUCAUUCCAAGAAAAGAUAAGCGCGGCAGAACCUCGGUUACCGGGAAUGAUGUUGAAAGGAUUUGGAGACAGCCCUCGAAAAACUCUGGGUUCGUGUGUGUUAGAAAUACAGAUUGGGGCAGAAAAAUAUGCGAAUCGUUUUCAGGUCGUACCGGAUCGGAUUCCAGAUCAAAUAUUGUUAGGAAGAGAUUUUCUAAGAAACGUAGAGAUAGUUAUUAGUGGCGGGAAAAUCAAAGUAGUCAAGAGUAUAGAGGAAGGGAAAAGUAUAAAGGAAGAAUACAAUCUUGAGGAGAACGACAUCUUUCAAAUUGAACGGUGCCCGGAGAAAGACAGUGAGGCAAAGUGGAAAGUAGGGAAUGAAGAGUACCGAAAGGCAGUGAAUGAAAUCGUAGAUGCGUAUAGACCAAAUAGGCUAGCCAAAUCAUGCAUUGAGAUGAAUAUAGUAUUGACAGAUGAUAUCCCAGUUUUUCGCAAGGCACGCAGACUAGCAAUUCCAGAAAGAGACGCAGUGAAUAAGCAAGUAAAAGAGUGGUUAGAUGAAGGAGUCGUGGUACCAAGUCGGUCAGAAUAUGCCAGCCCUAUAGUUCUGGUGAAAAAGAAGGACGGGAAGUAUAGACUAUGUAUUGAUUACAGAGAAUUAAACAAAAAAAUGAUUAAAGACAGAUUCCCGAUGACGGUCAUGGAAGAAGUUUUCGAACCUCUUCACGAUGCAAACGUAUUUAUUACGCUAGAUCUAAAGGAUGGAUUUUUCCAUGUAGAUGUUGAAAAGAGCAGCAGAAGAUAUACAGCAUUCGUAACACCGGAUGGGCAGUAUGAAUUCCUCAAGGUACCUUUUGGGCUAUGUAACUCGCCAGCCGCAUUCCAGAGGUUCAUCAACCAAAUUUUUCGGGAUCUAGUACUACAGAAGUAUCUAUUAGUAUACGUAGAUGAUAUAAUUAUAUUUGCGAAGAGUGAAGAUGAGGCGUUGGAGAAACUGAAGAUGGUGUUAAGAGUAGCGGAGGAGUACGGAUUGAAAAUAAAAUGGGAAAAGUGUAAUUUUCUGUCACGAUCAGUAGAGUUUCUAGGUCACGUUAUAGGUAACGGAAGUAUAAAACCAUCAGAGGAAAAAGUAUGA